AUGGUAAACACACGUUCAGGUCUUCCACUAGCAAGCUCAUCUGCUCCAAACCAACCCCCUCCUGAGGAUAUCCCUAUUCCUCAAGAGGAAUCAUCAGAAGUGCCAGAGCCCCAGCCGGCAUUCGUCACUGCUGGAGCCUUUGAAGAGCUCAGACAACAGGUCGCCAAACUGACUCAGCUGCUAAGUCAAAGAAAUUCGCAUCCGUCACCUACACCAGCACCCCAGGGGGGUUUUAUGGCUGAUGCUCGAGCUCGAGCUCAAACACAUGCCCCUGACAAUGGCGGAGCAGGGGCCUCGGGUAUACCACAUGAAGGAAUUACGGCGGGCCUACUUCAGGGCAACAAAGGGACGACAAGAUUCAGUCCCAACACUCCAUUUACUUCCGAGAUAUUAACAUUCCCCUUGCCAGACAGAUUUAAGUAUCCUAGGAUCAAAGAAUAUGAUGGGACCACCGAUCCAAUCAAUCAUCUGAACAUAUACACGGACGUCAUGAAUCUACAGGUUGCACCAGAUCAGUUCUCCGCUUUCUUCGCAAGCAGCAAACGCAUCAGGAAGACAGCAGCUUCCCUCAUGCAACUUAGAGAAGGGCAAAAUGAGACCCUACGUGACUUCAUGACCAGGUUCAACAAGGAAAGACUUCAGAUUCCCGACCUACGCAUAACUGCAGCAGUUUCUGCCCUCACAUAUGCCAUAAAGUGCGAGGCUUUCAAGAUGUCUUUAUCCAAAACUCCGCCGAAGACAGUCACCGAGCUUCUUACCCGAGCUGAGAAGUACAUAAAUAUGGAUGAAACGCUGAACCCGAGAAAGGUUGGACCAUCCCAUGACAGGGUCGAGCAUAAGAGACAGCAUGACCCGAACCCCCGUGAAGAACAAUAUCGGAAAAAACAGAGGCAGGAGGUUCCCCCAGCGCCGUUCACACGUUUAAAUACGUCAAAGACCAAUUUAUUGAUGGAGAUCAAGGAUAUGAAGGAACUGAAAUGGCCUGUCAGAAUGAGGUCACCACCCGAAUCCAGGGACAUGAACAAGUACUGUGAGUUCCAUCGGGAUCAUGGGCAUACCACGGAGAACUGUAAGGCCCUGCAACGGGAGAUUGAAGCUCUUAUUAAAAGAAGACUUCUGAGCUCCUACGUCGGUAACAAAAAACGCCCGAGGAAUGAUCGUGGCAGGGAAAAAGACCUUGAGGCAAAAAGGGAUGGUCAACCCACUGCUGGAACCAUCAAUAUCAUCAUUGGAGGUAUUGCCUCAGGAGGAGACUCCAACAGUGGAAGAAAACAAUAUGCCCGACGAUAUGCCUUGGCCUCUGGGAUGCCUCAGGAAAAGCUGGAGGAUAUUACUUUUGGGACCGGAGACUUAGAAGGCGUAUCACUUCCACAUGAUGACGCCUUGGGGUUUGGGGGAGGAGUCAUCACUCCAGAGGGUGUCGUCGAGCUUCUACUAACUUUGGGUUCUGGCCAGAAACAGGUUACGGAGAUGACAUCUUUUCAAGUGGUACGUGUCUCAAUGGCCUAUAACGCAAUUCUGGGAAGACCACUCCUAAACAAGAUUAAAGCCAUUGUGUCCACCUUCCACCUAGCCAUGAAGUUUCCAACAAGUAAUGGCGUUGGGGUUGUCCGUGGAGACCAGACAGCUGCCUGA